AUGUCACAAACACAUAUUGCUACACAAGACAUAAUUGAUAUUGGACGUAAACAUUAUGCUGAUAAUGAUAAAGAAUUCUUUACUAUUGAUGAUUUUAAUAAAAAUCAUCGAUCAAAUGAACCAAUUCGAUGGUAUACACGUGAUUCAUAUCUACAUAGUUCAUACAUUUAUCAAUUGAGACAUUCAAGAAAAAUGUUAAUUUAA